GUUGUGGGAUAGGAGUGCGGGUAUCAAACACCUUAAAAUCAGUGUUGGCGCACAUAUCUCCACGCUUAACCUUUCCGUCCUCCAAUUUCACUUCUAGCCUGUUAAUGUCAGAUCCGGCAGCCACCAUCAGCUGCCAUGUGGUGGCGAUACCAUACCCCGGCAGAGGCCAUAUCAACCCCAUGAUGAACCUCUGCAAGCUCAUUGCUCUCCGCCGUCCUUCCGACUUCCUCGUCACCUUCGUCGUUACAGAAGAAUGGCUGGGCUUCAUCGGCUCCGAGCCAAAACCGACUAACAUCUGCUUCGCUACCAUCCCUAACGUCAUCCCUUCCGAGGUGAACCGAGCCGCCGACUUCCCUGGCUUCAUCAAUGCCACACAAACGAAAAUGGAGGAUCCGGUAGAGCAAUUACUCCGACAGAUGGAGGUUCCGGCGAGUGUCCUGUUAUACGAUACGUACCUUAUUUGGGUAAUUAAUCUCGGAAAUCGAAUGAAUAUUCCGGUGGCGUCAUUGUUUACGAUGUCGGCGACGGUGUUCUCCUUGACCUACUAUUAUGAUCUCCUCCUCAAAAACGGCCACGUCGGAGAUUAUUUCUCAGAAAAAGCUGAGGAAGAAGUUGAUUACAUACCUGGAGUUCGUCCAAUACGCGUGUCUGAUCUUGUGACAGGCUUCAAUGGCAAUGGCAAAGAAGUUUUGCCAGUAACUCUGCAAGCCAUUUCAAUGGCGACGAAAGCUCAGUUUCUUCUUUUUGUGUCGGUUUACGAGCUCGAAUCCCAAGUCAUCGAUGCCAUUAAAUCCGAGCUUUCGAUACCCAUAUACGCCAUUGGACCAGCAAUACCUUACUUCAAUUUGGACAACAUUGAAAAUGACCAAAAUACCCCUGAUUAUAUAAAAUGGCUAGACCAUCAACCCAAUGGUUCGGUGUUAUACAUCUCACAAGGAAGUUUUCUCUCGGUCUCGAAUGCCCAGUUGGAAGAAAUCAUUGGCGGUGUGCGCGACAGUGGUGUACGUUACAUGUGGAUUGCAAGGGGCGACGGAAUUUCUCGAUUUAAAAAUGGAAAUGACGAAAAUGCCCUUGUUAUACCUUGGUGUGACCAAUUAAGAGUGUUGUGCCAUGGUUCCAUAGGGGCAUUUUGGUCACAUUGUGGUUGGAAUUCGACGAAAGAAGGUGCUUUUUCGGGUGUGCCGAUGCUCACGUUUCCAAUAUUUUGGGAUCAAGUUCCGAAUAGUAAGAUGAUUGUGGAAGAUUGGAAGAUGGGAAAGAGGGUGAGGAUCGAAGAGGGUAAUUUGGUCACUCGAGAAGAAAUUGCUAAACUCGUUAAGUGUUUUAUGGAUGGGGAAAGUGAAGAGGGGAAAGAGAUGAGGCGAAGGGCAUUGGAAGUCAAAAAGAUUUCUCGACAAGCAAUCGAAGAAGAAGGCUCUGCUCAAAUUGAUAUUGAUUCUUUCAUCAACGACAUAUCAAAAAGUCACUAGAAUUGAUCAAUCAAUUAUUUCGGUUAUGAUUGUUAGGCCUAAAUUAGCUAGCGAAUGGUAGUAUCAUCAUCUUGUUGUAAGAGUAUCCACAACAUGACCACCGUUUAGAAAGAAAACAUUUUAAAAC